GGUCUGUCGUAUCGUGGUGAUAGACCAAAAAGGGACCCUCCUUCACCAGGGAACUAGGGCAGCUGAACCAGAGACAUGGCUGUUGAGCAGAGGCCGAGAUGGAGAUGCUGCUUCAGAGCCUUGGUGAUCACCAUAGUGUUUCUAGUGGAAGGCAUCCAUGGUAUCAGGCAUGGCCCACUAUCAUCGUACCUAAGAGGGGUGUUCAUGGUUGGACCAGACCUGGAACUCAAUCAGAUGGUGGUCGGUAAUGACAGCGGAACUGCCUUCGUCUACCUCGGUGGACUAUCAAGGCUAUAUCAGCUUGACUUGGAUCUGAGCCUGCAACGACAGGAAAGCACGCUACCAAACGAUACGGUCCUAUGUGAAAACCCUGAAUGCUCCUUUGAGACCAAGAUUCUGGAAAUAGCACCAUCACCUAUCGGAAAGCUCAUCCAGUGUGGUGGACCAGAAGGAAGAUGUGAACUGAGAAACUUGAUGGAUAUAUCAAGAGAACUGGGCUAUAUUAACAUAUCGGUUGUGAAUGAUGGUCGUUCAGUCGGGGUUGUUGCAAUCACACCAUUCGGUCCGCCAGACCAAGAGAUAUUUGUGGUUGCCACAUCGAUUGAUUCAAACAACCCUGGACCAGUUGGUUUACCAAUUUCACAGAGGAUACUACAAGAUAAUAUCUUUCAAAUGUUAUUUGAACAAAAUAGGGCUAUAUCGGGAAUCAUUUCCACUGUCGAUUACAUCCAAGCACUUUCAUGGACCCGAAAUUCUGCACCCGACUACAACUUCUUCAUUGUACACAGUGACUCGGAGUCGAGACGACUCGGCAGACUCUGUGUUGAAAAUCUCCAGUUUGAGCUGAACUCAUAUUCUGAAAUCAUUUUGUCCUGUCAAUUAUAUACUAUUUUACAGUCAGCAUAUAUCGAUUCUAAUGAUACACUUUAUGGGGUGUUCACGAAUGGAACCCACUCUGCACUCUGUUCUUACGCCAUGGAUGAUAUUCAGGAGAAGUUUAUAGAUGCCGCAUGUGGCUGUGUUACAAGCGACUAUCCAAGCUGCAAUGGAACAGCAAUAUCCUACCUGGCAACGAAUGCGCUUUGUUCUCCUUCUCCUUCGAGUAACGAAACAAGGGAAUCUAUUUCAGGACAGCACCAGUGUGGGGAUGACGACCUUCCACUCUUAUUCAGUUAUGCACAGGGUACUAUACCCAUUGAAGGAAAUCUUCUUGAAGAAGCUUUGCCCGGGGUAGAUUCUUCUAUUGUUACCUUGGAGAAAGAGAAUAUCACCGUUGCCUUGGUGACUACUUCAUCUGUUUUAAAUACGACUCUCAACAAGAUCCACGUGAUCUCGGACAACACAGGACGAUUGUACGAGAGAGUAAGCUUAAAUACGACAGGGAGUGUACUCACCGAUGUCCAUAUUGAUCAGGAGAAAGAAGAACUCUUCAUACUUACCAACUAUGAGGUAAUGAAAGUGGCUGCCCUCAAUUGUAGCCAAUACUAUACAUUCCGUAUGUGCAUCGAUCUACAAAACUCUGGUGGGGAUCCUUUCUGCGGCUGGUGUACAGAAGAAUAUAAGUGCAGUAGACUGACCGAGUGUACUAACAACGGUUCUGAAUGGAGACAAUACCAUCAAAUAUGUACUUCCCAGGAUAAUGAAGUCUCCUGUCUUGACAUAGCAGACCCUGGCGACGGUAUAGAUUGUACGGUGCCAACUUUUCCAGCCCGCCUGCUUACAUCCUCAAUGGGGUGUCUACCUGGAAGUGUCGUACCGUUUGGGACAGUUUGCAGUUUCUUUUGUGAUCCUGGAUACAAUUUAACAGGGGCCGAGGAUACUAUAACCUGCAUAAUAUACACUUCAGAAUUCGUACUCCCAACUUGCCAAGAUGUAACUCCACCUAACAUCAUGUGUGCACCAAACAUCACCCUACCAACAUUACCCGGACUUAACUAUUCCACAGUAACUAUCCCCCAGCCUAACGUUUCAGAUGAAGUCGGGACUAUAGAAUUUACUAACGCCACUUUAGAAGCUGACCUGAUCAUUGGACUUCAUGAAAUCAUCUUUCAGGCCACAGAUGACGCUGGAAAUGCAGCUUUCUGUAGUCUGUUUGUAUUGGUAGAAGAUCGGGAGUUACCGAAUAUCACCUGCCCAGAUAACAUCACUGUACCUAACGAACCUGGUAAAUACAAUGCUAAUGUGACCUGGGAUGAACCGAUCAUUAGUGACAAUUCUGGUCAGUUCUCUUCAUUUGGAACUCACGACUCGGGCACAGUAUUUUCUGCAGAAAUCACGUUAGAGGUGUACUACUAUGUCACUGAUUUCAGUGGUAACCUCGCCGAGUGCUCGUUCUUUGUGACAGUUGAAGAUGUAGAAGAUCCGGUGCUAACUUGCCCCACAAAUAUAGCUGCUUUCACCCUUCCUAGCUUGCCCUAUGCAGUGAUUGUGGUCCCUUCACCAAACGUAACAGAUAACUCCAUUCCUGGAGUUCAAUCUACCAAUGAUAGUGCAUACACGUUAAGCAUAGGAAGUUACUUCUUAACGUUUUUGGCUGAGGAUCUUGCCGGGAACCAAGAUACAUGUAAUGUCACAAUUACAGUCAUAGAUGCUGAACCUCCAAAUAUCACUUGUCCUGAUGAUAUCAUUCGGAAUCAGACCAACGGCAGUCAAGUCACCAACGUGUCGUGGUCGACCCCGACAGCGGUGGAUAAUUCAGGAAGUACAACAAGCCCAGUAGCCAAUCCCAUGUCAGGAUCCAUGUUUCCAAUUGGUACAACAGUGGUGAACAUUACAACGAGUGAUCUGAAUGAAAACAAUGCAACAUGCCAAUUCACAGUGACAAUAUUAGAUAAUGAAGCCCCUAUUCUUAACUGUCCAAAUAUAUCUUCGACCACGGAGGCUGGAUUCAAUUUUUCAACUUCCGUUAUGCUGCAUUCAACUGCAGCUGACAACGUUGAUGGUAAUGUCUCUGCGGAUUGCAUUCCUUCAUCAUUCAAUAAUUUCCUAGUAGGGGACACCAUCGUAAAUUGUACUUCGACAGAUACUGCAGGAAACACCGGAAGCUGUAGUUUGGUAGUGACAGUAAAAGAUGACAAAGCUCCUAUACUCAACUGUCCAAAUAUUACUUCGACUACCGAUACUGGAUUCAAUUUUUCAUCGUCUGUCAUCUUGAAUUCAACUGCAACUGACAACGUCGACACUGACGUCUCUGCGUAUUGCAUUCCUUCAUCUGAAGAUGACUUCGUAGUAGGGGACACCAUUGUAAAUUGUACUUCGACAGAUACUGCAGGAAACACUGGAAGCUGUAGUUUGAUCGUAACAGUAUUAGAUGACGAAGCUCCUAUACUCAACUGUCCGAAUAUUACUUCGACUACCGAUACUGGAUUCAAUUUUUCAUCUUCCGUCAUCUUGAAUUCAACUGCAACUGACAACGUUGACACUGAAGUCUCUGCGGAUUGCAUUCCUUUAUCUGAAGAUGAUUUCGUAGUAGGGGACACCAUCGUAAAUUGUACUUCGACAGAUACUGCAGGAAACACCGGAAGCUGUAUUUUGAUCGUGACAGUAAUAGAUGACGAAGCUCCUAUACUUAACUGUCCAAAUAUUACUUUGACAACCGAUACUGGAUUCAAUUUUUCAUCUUCCGUCAUCUUGAAUUCGACUGGAACUGACAACGUUGACACUGAAGUCUCUACGUAUUGCAUUCCUUCAUCUGAAGAUGACUUCGUAGUAGGGAACACCAUUGUAAAUUGUACUUCGACAGAUACUGCAGGAAAUACUGGAAGCUGUAGUUUGAUCGUGACAGUAUUAGAUGACGAGGCUCCUAUACUCAACUGUCCGAAUAUUACUUCGACUACCGAUACUGGAUUCAAUUUUUCAUCUUCCGUCAUCUUGAAUUCAACUGCAACUGACAACGUUGACACUGAAGUCUCUGCGGAUUGCAUUCCUUCAUCUGUAGAUGAUUUCGUAGUAGGGGACACCAUUGUAAAUUGUACUUCGACAGAUACUGCAGGAAACACUGGAAGCUGUAGUUUGAUCGUAACCGUAAUAGAUGACGAAGCUCCUAUACUCAACUGUCCGAAUAUUACUUCGACUACCGAUACUGGAUUCAAUUAUUCAUCUUCCGUCAUCUUGAAUUCAACUGCAACUGACAACGUUGACACUGAAGUCUCUGCGGAUUGCAUUCCUUCAUUUGAAGAUGAUUUCGUAGUAGGGAACACCAUUGUAAAUUGUACUUCGACAGAUACUGCAGGAAACACUGGAAGCUGUAGUUUGAUCGUAACGGUAUUAGAUGAUGAAGCUCCUGUACUCAACUGUCCGAAUAUUACUUCGACUACCGACACUGGAUUCAAUUUUUCAUCUUCCGUCAUCUUGAAUUCAACUGCAACUGACAACGUUGACACCGAAGUCUCUGCGGAUUGCAUUCCUUCAUCUGAAGAUGAUUUCGUAGUAGGGGACACCAUCGUAAAUUGUACUUCGACAGAUACUGCAGGAAACACCGGAAGUUGUAUUUUGAUCGUGACAGUAAUAGAUGACGAGGCUCCUAUACUUAACUGUCCAAAUAUUACUUCGACUACCGAUACUGGAUUCAAUUUUUCAUCUUCCGUCAUCUUGAAUUCAACUGCAACUGACAACGUUGACACUGAAGUCUCUGCGUAUUGCAUUCCUUCAUCUGAAGAUGACUUCGUAGUAGGGGACACCACUGUAAAUUGUCAUUCGACAGAUACUGCAGGAAACACUGGAAGCUGUAUUUUGAUCGUGACAGUAUUAGAUGACGAAGCUCCUAUACUCAACUGUCCGAAUAUUACUUCGACUACCGAUACUGGAUUCAAUUAUUCAUCUUCCGUCAUCUUGAAUUCAACUGCAACUGACAACGUUGACACUGAAGUCUCUGCGGACUGCAUUCCUUCAUCUGAAGAUGAUUUCGUAGUAGGGAACACCAUUGUAAAUUGUACUUCGACAGAUACUGCAGGAAACACUGGAAGCUGUAGUUUGAUCGUAACGGUAUUAGAUGACGAGGCUCCUAUACUCAACUGUCCGAAUAUUACUUCGACUACCGAUACUGGAUUCAAUUUUUCAUCUUCCGUCAUCUUGAAUUCAACUGCAACUGACAACGUUGACACUGAAGUCUCUGCGGAUUGCAUUCCUUCAUCUGAAGAUGAUUUCGUAGUAGGGGACACCAUUGUAAAUUGUACUUCGACAGAUACUGCAGGAAACACUGGAAGCUGUAGUUUGAUCGUAACCGUAAUAGAUGACGAAGCUCCUAUACUCAACUGUCCGAAUAUUACUUCGACUACCGAUACUGGAUUCAAUUAUUCAUCUUCCGUCAUCUUGAAUUCAACUGCAACUGACAACGUUGACACUGAAGUCUCUGCGGAUUGCAUUCCUUCAUCUGAAGAUGAUUUCGUAGUAGGGAACACCAUUGUAAAUUGUACUUCGACAGAUACUGCAGGAAACACUGGAAGCUGUAGUUUGAUCGUAACGGUAUUAGAUGAUGAAGCUCCUGUACUCAACUGUCCGAAUAUUACUUCGACUACCGACACUGGAUUCAAUUUUUCAUCUUCCGUCAUCUUGAAUUCAACUGCAACUGACAACGUUGACACCGAAGUCUCUGCGGAUUGCAUUCCUUCAUCUGAAGAUGAUUUCGUAGUAGGGGACACCAUCGUAAAUUGUACUUCGACAGAUACUGCAGGAAACACCGGAAGUUGUAUUUUGAUCGUGACAGUAAUAGAUGACGAGGCUCCUAUACUUAACUGUCCAAAUAUUACUUCGACUACCGAUACUGGAUUCAAUUUUUCAUCUUCCGUCAUCUUGAAUUCAACUGCAACUGACAACGUUGACACUGAAGUCUCUGCGUAUUGCAUUCCUUCAUCUGAAGAUGACUUCGUAGUAGGGGACACCACUGUAAAUUGUACUUCGACAGAUACUGCAGGAAACACUGGAAGCUGUAUUUUGAUCGUGACAGUAUUAGAUGACGAAGCUCCUAUACUCAACUGUCCGAAUAUUACUUCGACUACCGAUACUGGAUUCAAUUUUUCAUCUUCCGUCAUCUUGAAUUCAACUGCAACUGACAACGUUGACACUGAAGUCUCUGCGGAUUGCAUUCCUUCAUCUGAAUAUGAUUUCGUAGUAGGGAACACCAUCGUAAAUUGUACUUCGACAGAUACUGCAGGAAACACCGGAAGCUGUAUUUUGAUCAUGACAGUAAUAGAUGACGAAGCUCCUGUACUUAACUGUCCAAAUAUUACUUCGACUACCGAUACUGGAUUCAAUUUUUCCUCUUCCGUCAUCUUGAAUUCAACUGCAACUGACAACGUUGACACGGAAGUCUCUGCGUAUUGCAUUCCUUCAUCUGAAGAUGACUUCGUAGUAGGGGACACCAUCGUAAAUUGUACUUCGACAGAUACUGCAGGAAACACCGGAAGCUGUAUUUUGAUCGCGACAGUAAUAGAUGACGAAGCUCCUAUACUUAACUGUCCAAAUAUUACUUCGACUACCGAAACUGGAUUCAAUUUUUCAUCUUCCGUCAUCUUGAAUUCAACUGCAACUGACAACGUUGACACUGACGUCUCUGCGUAUUGCAUUUCUUCAUCUGAAGAUGACUUCGUAGUAGGGGACACCACUGUAAAUUGUACUUCGACAGAUACUGCAGGAAACACUGGAAGCUGUAGUUUGAUCGUAACAGUAUUAGAUGACGAAGCUCCUAUACUUAACUGUCCGAAUAUUACUUCGACUACCAAUACUGGAUUCAAUUUUUCAUCUUCCGUCAUCUUGAAUUCAACUGCAACUGACAACGUUGACACUGAAGUCUCUGCGGAUUGCAUUCCCUCAUCUGAAGAUGAUUUCGUAGUAGGGGACACCAUCGUAAAUUGUAAUUCGACAGAUACUGCAGGAAACACCGGAAGCUGUAUUUUGAUCGUGACAGUAAUAGAUGACGAAGGUCCUAUACUUAACUGUCCAAAUAUUACUUCGACUACCGAUAGUGGAUUCAAUUUUUCAUCUUCCGUCAUCUUGAAUUCAACUGCAACUGACAUCGUUGACACUGAAGUCUCUGCGUAUUGCAUUCCUUCAUCUGAAGAUGACUUCGUAGUAGGGGACACCACUGUAAAUUGUACUUCGACAGAUACUGCAGGAAACACUGGAAGCUGUAGUUUGAUCGUAACAGUAUUAGAUGACGAAGCUCCUAUACUCAACUGUCCGAAUAUUACUUCGACUACCGAUACUGGAUUCAAUUUUUCAUCUUCCGUCAUCUUGAAUUCAACUGCAACUGACAACGUUGACACUGAAGUCUCUGCGGAUUGCAUUCCUUCAUCUGAAGAUGAUUUCGUAGUAGGGAACACCAUCGUAAAUUGUACUUCGACAGAUACUGCAGGAAACACCGGAAGCUGUAUUUUAAUCGUGUCAGUAAUAGAUGACGAAGCUCCUAUACUUAACUGUCCAAAUAUUACUUCGACUACCGAUACUGGAUUCAAUGUUUUAUCUUCCGUCAUUUUGAAUUCAACUGCAACUGACAACGUUGACACUGAAGUCUCUGCGUAUUGCAUUCCUUCAUCUGAAGAUGACUUCGUAGUAGGGGACACCACUGUAAAUUGUACUUCGACAGAUACUGCAGGAAACACUGGAAGCUGUAGUUUGAUCGUAACAGUAUUAGAUGACGAAGCUCCUAUACUCAACUGUCCGAAUAUUACUUCGACUACCGAUACUGGAGUCAAUUUUUCAUCUUCCGUCAUCUUGAAUUCAACUGCAACUGACAACGUUGACACUGAAGUCUCUGCGGAUUGCAUUCCUUCAUCUGAAGAUGAUUUCGUAGUAGGGAACACCAUCGUAAAUUGUACUUCGACAGAUACUGCAGGAAACACCGGAAGCUGUAUUUUAAUCGUGUCAGUAAUAGAUGACGAAGCUCCUAUACUUAACUGUCCAAAUAUUACUUCGACUACCGAUACUGGAUUCAAUGUUUUAUCUUCCGUCAUUUUGAAUUCAACUGCAACUGACAACGUUGACACUGAAGUCUCUGCGUAUUGCAUUCCUUCAUCUGAAGAUGACUUCGUAGUAGGGGACACCACUGUAAAUUGUACUUCGACAGAUACUGCAGGAAACACUGGAAGCUGUAGUUUGAUCGUAACAGUAUUAGAUGACGAAGCUCCUAUACUCAACUGUCCGAAUAUUACUUCGACUACCGAUACUGGAGUCAAUUUUUCAUCUUCCGUCAUCUUGAAUUCAACUGCAACUGACAACGUUGACACUGAAGUAUCUGCGGAUUGCAUUCCCUCAUCUGAAGAUGAUUUCGUAGUAGGGGACACCGUCGUAAAUUGUACUUCGACAGAUACUGCAGGAAACACCGGAAGCUGUAUUUUGAUAGUGACAGUGUUAGAUGACGAAGCUCCUAUACUUGACUGUCCAAAUAUUACUUCGACUACCGAUACUGGAUUCAAUUUUUCAUCUUCCGUCAUCUUGAAUUCAACUGCAACUGACAAUGUUGAUAUUGAUGUCUCUUUGGAUUGCAUUCCUUCAUCUGAAGACGAUUUCAUAGUAGGGGACACCACCGUCAAUUGCACUUCUACAGAUACUGCAGGAAACACGGGAAGCUGUAGUUUUGUCCUGACAGUAAUAGAUGACGAAGCUCCUGUCCUCAACUGUCUCAAUAUCACUUCGACUACUGAUACUGGAUUGAGUUUGUCAUCUACUGUAAUGCUGAAUUCAACUGCAACUGACAACGUUGAUGCUAAUGUCUCCGUAGAUUGCAUUCCUUCAUCUUUCAAUAAUUUCCUGGUAGGGGACACCACUGUAAACUGUACUUCGACAGAUACUUCAGGAAACACCGGAAGCUGUAGUUUGGUCGUGACAGUAAUUGAUGAUGAAGCUCCUGUUCUUAACUGCCCAAACAUAUCUGCUAUUUCGGAUGUUGGAUUCAAUUUUUCAUCCUUCGUCAUGCUGAAUUCAAGUGCAACUGAUAACGUUGAUACUGAUGUCUCUGCGUAUUGCAUUCCUUCAUCUGAAGAUGAUUUCGUAGUAGGGGACACCAUUGUAAAUUGUACUUCGACAGAUACUGCAGGAAACACAGGCAGCUGUAGUUUGAUCGUGACAGUAAUAGAUCACCUAUUCUGCCCGGAGAAUAUAUCGACCAUCGUAGAUCCAUUCUCCGAGACGGCCACCGUUGUCCUACUGUCGAUCGGGGUUGGUGUGGUGACAUCUCCGCAAAACGGCUCAGUUUUUAUGCAAGGUUCCACACCAGUACUUGUCACUAGAGAAGAGGAGCAAUGUAUCUUCUACGUAUAUGUGGAACCUUUGUUAGAGCCAACCUGUGAAGAUAUUUUUCAGCUCUCGCCACUUUCGACAGUCGUCGUGAUUUGGUUCGUUGAGGAGCCUACCCAAUACUCACUGGAGACCGUUGUAGGAGGCGAGAUGGCCUCGUACGUUCCCACGCUAAACAUUGCCUUUAUCGGAGUGAGCGUGCCUUCUGUGCUGGAAGGUGUGGUGUCAAUAACUGAUCAUCCUGACUACAACUGCAGCUUUACUUUGUCAGUUUUUCCAUAUACUUGCAAUGUGACGUCAUAUCCAUCCGAGUAUCUUACGGCUCUAUCGGCAACAAACCAAGAAUUUGAUAUUUCUCCUGAGGAACAGUGCUUCGGUGAGAGCAUGAUCACAGUCAACACAACGUGUAUCUUCGGGUGCGACGUCGGGUAUAAUCUCAUAGGCAAUGAAAGCGUUUCGUGUCUUGAGGAUGGGCUCUCAGACAGUCUACCAACCUGUGAAUUGGUCACGUGCCAAUUGCCUACAAUGUUUUCAGCCUUCCUGCACACCACAUCCACUAUUAAUAAUUGUACGGAAGGAGAGCAGAUCGUCUACAACUCAUCAUGUUCGUACGAUUGUGAGGUCGGAUAUAACUUAACAGGGAACAGCACAGUCUCGUGUCUGGAGAACGGUGAAUUCUCCAGUGAAUUACCUAAAUGUGGAAUUGUGCAGUGCUUUGUGCCAAGUUUCUCAGAACGGCUGAUCUCUCUUGAAAGCACUUGUUACGAGAGAAUGUACAUCAACUUUACUGAUAUCUGCUACUUCGGAUGUGAUGUUGGUUUUGAUCUGAUCGGUAAUGGUACGGUGACUUGCGGGGAAGAUGCCCUUCUGUCGUCGGAAUUACCAACGUGCCAAGUUGUAUCCUGUUCCAUACCUGUGCUUCCACCACGUCUAUCAACAAUGACGACACAGUGCCACGGAGGGCUAUCAAUCAGUUACACAGAUACCUGUUCAUAUUCAUGCGAUGAGGGAUAUAAUCUUAUUGGAUCUGAAUCAGUCACAUGUCUAGCUAACACAUCACUUUCUGAUUUUCUGCCGACUUGUGAAGUUGUUUCCUGUUCCAUACCUGUGCUUCCACCACGUCUAUCAACAAUGACGUCACAAUGCGAUGGAGGACAAUCCAUUAAUUACACAGAUAUCUGUUCAUAUUCAUGUGAUGUGGGAUAUAAUCUAAUUGGAUCUGAAUCAGUCACAUGUCUUGCUAACACAUCACUAUCUGAUUUCCUGCCAACUUGUGAAGUUGUGACUUGCAGCGUACCACAACUCCUACCACCUCUUUCAACAUCAUGUCCGAUGGGACAAGAAGUGAACUACAACACGUCCUGUGAAUUUUCAUGCAGUCCUGGCUUCGAUAUUAUUGGAUCGACAUUAGACUGCUUAGCGAAUGGAACACUGUCCGGUGAUAUACCGAUGUGUGAAAUUGUAUUGUGUCAACUCCCUGAAGUAUUCCACCCUGAACUGUCGGUGUUGGGAAACUGUAGCGAAGGAAGUUCUAUCGACUUCAAUACCACUUGUAACUUUGAAUGUUCAGAAGGAUAUGAUCUGAUUGGUAGUGAAAGCGUCAGAUGUCAGAGUAAUGGCACUUUAUCUGAAUCACCGCCGACAUGUAACGUCGUAUCCUGUUCCAUACCUGUGAUUCCAUCACACCUAUCGACAUUGACGUCACAAUGCGAUGGAGGCCAGUCAAUAAAUUACACAGAUUCAUGUUUAUAUUCAUGUGAUGUGGGAUAUAAUCUUAUUGGAUCUGAAUCUGUCACAUGUCUAGCUAACACAUCACUUUCUGAUUUUCUGCCGACUUGUGAAGUUGUGACUUGCAGCGUACCACAGCUCCUACCACCUCUUUCAACAUCAUGCCCGAUGGGACAAGAAGUGAACUACAGCACAUCCUGUGAAUUUGCAUGCAGUCCUGGCUUCGAUAUUAUCGGAUCGACCUCUUUAGACUGCUUAGCGAAUAGAACACUGUCCGGUGAUAUACCAAUGUGUGAAAUUGAAGUGUGUCCACUCCCUGAAGUAUUCCACCCUGAAUUGUCUUCAGUGUUUAAUGGAAACUGCAGCGGAGGAAGCUCUAUUGACUUCAAUACCUCGUGUGUCUUUGAAUGUUCAGAAGGAUAUGAUUUGAUUGGCAGUGAGAGUGUCAAGUGUCAGAGCAAUGGAACCUUAUCUGAAUCACUGCCCACAUGUAACGUCAUAUCAUGUACUAUACCUGUGCUUCCAUCACACGUAUCGACAUUGAUGUCACAAUGCAAUGGAGGACAAUCAAUUAAUUACACUGAUACCUGUUUGUAUUCAUGUGAUGUGGGAUAUAAUCUUCUUGGAUCUGAAUCAGUCACAUGUCUAGCUAACACGUCACUUUCUGAUUUCCUGCCGACUUGUGAAGUUGUAGUGUGUCUGCUCCCUGAAGUAUUCCACCCUGAACUGUCUUCGGUUUCUAAUGGAAACUGCAGCAGAGGAAGCUCUAUUGACUUCGAUGCCACUUGUGCCUUUGAAUGUUCAGAAGGAUAUGAUUUGAUUGGCAGUGAGAGCGUCGGUUGUCUGAGUAAUGGAACAUUGUCUGUGUCACUGCCCACAUGUAACGUUGUAUCCUGUUCCAUACCUAUGCUUCCACCACACCUUUCAACAAUGACGUCACAAUGCAAUGUAGGACAAUCCAUUAAUUACACAGAUAUCUGUGUAUAUUCAUGCGACGAGGGAUAUAAUCUUAUUGGAUCAGAAUCGGUCACAUGUCUAGCUAAUACAUCACUUUCUGAUUUCCUGCCAACUUGUGAUGUGGUCACGUGCCAAUUGCCUACAAUGUUUCCAUCCUUCCUGCAAACCGCAUCCACUACUAAUAAUUGUACGGAAGGAGAGCAGAUCCUCUACAAUACUUCUUGUUCGUAUGAUUGUGAGGUCGGAUAUAACUUGACAGGGAACAGCACAGUCACGUGUUUGGAGAACGGCGAUCUCUCCAGUGAAUUACCUAAAUGUGGAAUUUUGCAGUGCUAUGUUCCAAGUUUCUCAGACGGGCUGAUCUCCCUUGAAAACACAUGCUACGAGAGAAUGUACAUCAACUAUACUGAUAGCUGCUACUUCGAAUGUGAGGUUGGUUUUGAUCGGAUUGGUAAUGAUACGGUGACCUGCGGGGAAGACGCUCUCCUGUCAUCGGACUUACCAACAUGCCAAGUUGUGAUGUGCCCACUCCCGGAAGUAUUCCACCCUGAACUGUCUUCAGUGUUUGUUGGAAACUGUAGCGAAGGAAGUUCUAUUGACUUUGAUACCACGUGUACCUUCGAAUGUUCAGAGGGAUAUGAUUUGAUUGGCAGUGAGAGUGUCAGAUGUCAGAGUAAUGGCACCUUAUCUGAAUCACCGCCGACAUGUAACGUUGUAUCAUGUUCCAUACCUGUGCUUCCACCGCGCCUAUCAGCGUUUUUAUCACAAUGCAAUGGAGGACUGUCUAUUAAUUACACACAAACCUGUUCAUAUUCAUGUGAUACGGGAUAUAAUCUGGUUGGAUCUACAUCAGUUUCAUGUCUGGCAAACACGUCACUCUCCGAUUCCUUGCCUACUUGCGCAAUUGCGACCUGUAACGUACCAGAGCAGCUCACUCCCAAUCUUUCAACGCAAUGUAAUUUGGGAGAAAAUGUUGAAUACAAUGCAACUUGUGAAUUCUUCUGCGACAUUGGCUACGACCUUUUGGGAGAGUCUUCUCUGGCCUGCUUAGCCGACGGAACAUUCUCCAGUGAUACUCCGACAUGUCAAAUUGUAACCUGUCCUCUAGAUGUCCCUUCUGCUGAACUGUCUCUCGGAAGCUGUAGUGAAGAGAGUUUCAUUGACUUUGGUACCACUUGCACAUUGGAGUGUUCCAAGGGGUAUACAUUGAUGGGAAUGGAAACAGUCACGUGUCAGAGUAAUGGUACUUUGUCAGCACCGUUCCCAUCAUGCAACAUUGUAUCUUGUUCGAUACCUGCACUACCGUUACGCCUGUCAUCUAUGACGUCACAAUGCAAUGGAGGACAAUCUGUCAAUUACACGCAAAACUGUACAUAUUCAUGUGAUACGGGAUAUAAUCUGGUUGGAUCUUCAUUAUUAACAUGUCUGGCUAACUCGUCUCUUUCUGACAGCUUACCAACGUGUGAAAUUGAGACGUGUGGCGUACCACAGCUGCUAUCACCUCUUUCAACAUCAUGUCUAAUGGGACAACAAGUUGCAUACAAUACAUCCUGUGAAUUUUCAUGUGAAAAUGGCUAUACUCUACAAGGAAUGCCAUCUUUGACUUGUCUGGCCAGCGGAAACUUUUCUGAUGAGAUACCAACCUGCCAAAUUGUGACCUGUCUUCUUCCUGAGACAUUCUCCCAAGAACUAUCUUCUGUAGACUGUGACGUUGGAAGCUCCAUUGACUUUAAUUCAAUGUGUACAUUCGAGUGUUCAGAAGGAUACGAUUUAGUUGGAAGUAGCAUUAUUACUUGCCAGAGUAACGGGGAAGUAUCCGCAUCCAUCCCUACCUGUUCAGUUGUAUCCUGUUCCAUACCUGAGUUUCCAUCACGCCUGUCAUCUAUGACGUCACAAUGCAAUGGCGGACAAUCCAUCAAUUACACACAAACCUGCUCAUUUUCAUGUGAUACGGGAUAUAAUCUGGUUGGAUCUUCAUCAGUUACGUGUUUGGCUAACUCGUCUCUUUCUGACAGCUUGCCAACGUGUGAAAUUGAGACGUGUGGCGUACCACAGCUGCUCUCACCCCUUUCAACAUCAUGUCCAAUGGGACAACAAGUUUCAUACAAUACAUCAUGUGAAUUUUCAUGUGAAAAUGGCUAUAUUCUACAAGGAAUGCCAUCUUUGACUUGCCUGGCCAGCGGAAACUUUUCUGAUGAGAUACCAAAUUGCCAAAUUGUGACCUGUCCACUUCCUGAGACAUUCUCCCAAGAACUAUCUUCUGUAGACUGUGACGUUGGAAGCUCCAUUGACUUUAAUUCAAUGUGUACAUUUGAGUGUUCAGAAGGGUACGAUUUAGUUGGAAGUAGCAUUAUUACUUGCCAGAGUAACGGGGAAGUAUCCGCAUCCAUCCCUACCUGUUCAGUUGUAUCUUGUUCCAUACCCGAGUUUCCAUCACACUUGUCAACUAUGACGUCACAGUGCAAUGAGGGACGAUCCAUCAAUUACACAGAUACCUGUUCAUUUUCAUGUGAUGCGGGAUAUAACCUGGUUGGAUCUUCAUCAGUAACAUGUAUGGCUAACUCGUCUCUUUCUCAAAGCUUACCAACGUGUGAAAUUGAGACAUGUGGCGUACCACAGUUACUACUACCUCUUUCAACAUCAUGUCCGAUGGGACAACAAGUUGGAUACAAUACAUCCUGUGAAUUUUCAUGCGAAAAUGGUUAUACCCUACAAGGGAUGUCACCGUUGAGCUGCCUGGCCAGUGGAAACUUUUCCAAUGAUAUUCCAACCUGUAACAUUGUAUCCUGUUCCCUUCCGGAGGUAUUCUCAGAAGAAUUGUCAUCUUCUGUCAACUGUGAUGCCGGAAGCACCAUAGUGUUUAAUACAACUUGCAGUUUUGAGUGUUCCAUAGGAUAUUCUCUAAUCGGUGUUGAGAAUACCACUUGCCAGACUGAUGGUCUUCUCUCAGCCGCAGUGCCUUAUUGCAAUGUUGUGACGUGCAGCAUCCCAAUGUUCCCAGCCAAUCUGACUACAUCAAACACACAGUGUGGUGAAGAGAUGACGAUAGACUAUAACACACUGUGCAUGUAUGAAUGUCAGCCGGGCUAUGACCUCAUCGGAAACACCUCAAUCGGUUGCCAGGCUAACGGUGAACUUUCCACUGAUCUACCCACUUGCCAAGUCAUUGACAUAUGCCAAAGAUUCUCCCCUUGCCCUACGGUAUCGACAUGCAACGGGGGCAUCAACUCCUUCUCUUGUUCGUGCGACGCUGGAUACACGACGGAUGUCACCAUAACGAGUGACACAACCACAUAUACAUGCGUGAACAUCAACGAAUGUAACGCGUCACCUCCCGUGUGUGACAGCAACGCUCGAUGUAACGAUUUAAGUGGCAGCUACCUGUGUACGUGUAUGGAGGGAUUCUCCGGCAAUGGCACAUUCUGUGAAGCUUUAGAACCUUGCACCCUAUCACCUUGCCAAAAUGGAGGAACAUGUACUAAUACUGAUGACGGAUCAUCGUAUGUAUGCACCUGUCCACAAUCGUUUACAGAUGUUAAUUGUAACACUGUGAUUGUAGAACAAGAGCCCCUUGCGGUUGUUACCAACCCCGUGUCUCAGAUGGUUGACUUUGAGGAUCGGGUCACCUUCUCGUGUUCUUUCCAGAACGCUCAGAGCUUCAGGUGGUUCAAGGAUAGUGCCCCUAUCCCCAACAGUGAGAACCAAUCUCCAUUAGUAAUCAACCCAGCUCUUGCCGAAGAUCAGGGAUAUUAUUACUGCUCUGCUAUCGGUGAAGAUGGCACCACUGCUACAACGAAUCAAGCCUUGCUCACGGUUAACGGUGUUGAUAACUAUGUAGUAAUAGCUACAUUUUUAACCAGGACUUUCAACAAUAGUCUAUUGGAUAGAACAUCUUCAUACUUUAUUCAGCUGUCCAAUGAAUUGAUCAAUUUCAUCACGACUCCUCUGCAGAAUAACUUCGAUUCCAGUGUUGCAGCAAGCGUGAAUACCUUUUCUUCUGGAAGCGUUGUGGCGGAGUUUGGCGUCUACGUAUACAAUGGUUCAGUACCAGACAGUGAGCAGUUAUCCAUCAUCCUUUCAACGAUGACAAAUCUUGCUGAAGAUAAUCCUGCCUUUCUAGAUCCAUCAUCCAUUCAGACAUUCAGUGCAGUGACCUGCCCAGCGGGAUCUUACAUUACAAGCUAUGGUUAUGAAGCCAUGUUUGACACCGGAGACAUCGGCAGCAGCGCUAACUCCACUGAUGCCAAUUGUCCUGAUUAUACCAUUAAUAGGGACUAUCGUAUAGAAGCCAUUUGUGUUGGUGAUACAAUUCGUCCCUGUGUUUGGGUACCCCUGAUGAACUGUGGAAGGAAUCUGACUGCCGAUGAACUACUCAAGAUUCUACUACAGGAGGAAGUUACCGAAGACAACGCAGAAAUGGUGGUGGAGGAAGUGGCAGAAAUUACGACCAUGACAGAGACCAUCUCAACAGAAGGCUUGGAGAUCGUGGCUGAUUUCCUAGAAGAUAUCGUAGAAUUAGAUACUAGUGACGUAGAGGUGACUGAAUCGUUUGUGGCCAUUGCCAACAACUACGCGGAUGUAGCAGAGGAAACACGUGAUAUGGCUGAAGAUGAGAGCGGUGCUUCAAGCCGUGUCGUAGUAUCCUUAGAAACACAGCUCGCUGUAGUAGAAGUGCAGAAUGACUCUCUCCGGAUUAUUGAGCCAAAUAUUGCCGCUGAGGUACUUGAUGUGACUGCGGACGAAAUCAGUCAAGGCUUUACCGUUUACAUGUCUGCUACACCUGACGGAGAUAGCAUUUCCGGUGAUGACUUUCAGGUAGAGGAAGGCGAUCAAACCACGCAGCUAGAGGUGCUUCAAGCCGAAGCCACCCUGUUGUUGCCGCCGACCUUAGGAAACAAGUUGACAGGGUCUACCGGCCGUUUGGUCAUCACCAUUCACCUGGACACAGCUCUCUUCAGGGACAGAGAACUGACAGAGUUGAACGAGAACCAAACGGAGUUUGGACGAGAGUUGAACUCGAGGAUCAUAGGUGCGGCGGUGGAUAAUGAAGAAAUUGAAGACCUAGAGCAGCCAGUGGUUCUAUCAUUCACUCCGAUCAAUCCAAAUGGGACGAAUGCUACCUGUGUGUCCUACAACUUUACCGAAAAGCGAUGGUCCACGAGGGGGUGUAGAAAGACGAGCAAUGAAAGCACAGACAGGAUUACUUGCGAGUGCGAUCACUUAACCAAUUUCGGGAUCCUGAUGGAUAUAUAUGGAGGAGAAGGAUUGUCGGCUCAAGCUGAUUUUAUCCUCGAGAUCAUAAGCUAUGUAGGCUGCUGCAUGUCAAUAUGGGGCCUGGCUAUUACAAUUCUAACAUAUGCAUCAAAUAAGAAACUUCGCGAUCGUAAGCCCAACCAGAUCCUGCUGUCCCUGUCCGCAUCCCUGCUGUGUCUUUACAUCGUCUUCCUCGUCAUGAUAUCGGUCGAUACGGAACGAGGGGUGGAAGAAAUACCCCCUCUACCCUGCUGCAUUCUUGCCGGCUUCCUCCAUUAUUUCACCCUGACAUCCCUUUUCUGGAUGGCCGUGGAGGGCUACAACAUGUACAUCCUCUUUGUGCGUGUUCUCAAUACGUAUCUCCCUCGUUUCUUAAGGAAGGCAUCGUUGUUUGCUUGGGGGACCCCUAUGUUGAUAGUUGGAAUCACAGGAGGGGCAUCGAGGCAGUAUUACGCACAGACGGACUUUUGCUUUCUCCGAUUCUGGCCUCUAAUUGGCGGACUUCUGAUUCCUAUUGGCUUGAUCAUGAUCUUCAACUUCGUUAUCUUCGUCCGCGUCAUCCUGAGACUAAACAAAACCAUUAAAGGGAAGCAACUUGAUAAGACGGAGAAGCGCCAACGCCUGCGAAGAUUCCAGAAUGCAGUGUGCAUCCUUAUCCUCAUGGGGCUGACGUGGGCUGUGGGUUACUUGAGCAUCAUCCAGCCUGCCGCUGAGGUUGUUCAGGGAGUCUUCACCAUCCUCAACUCUUUGCAGGGCUACUUUAUUUUCAUGCUCUAUUGCGUCCGCCAGCCUCAGGUUCGCCGCGCAUGGCGCUCGCAGUUGAGCUGUUGCUUGCCCAAGUCCUUCGGGGCGUCGAGCGCCUUCACAUCAACUUCCGGGCAGACAAACUCCACGUUCAAGAACAGCUCUGCGAGGCUCAUGGCUCAGAGAAACCAGCAGAAUAGGUUGUUGGCAAACUCUGAAUCCAAUGGUUUCCGACCAGAGACAAUAAUGCGUACACCACCUGAGAGACUGCCUCGAGCAGCUGCCUAUGAUAACGAAGGCGGCGACUGGUGAUUGAAAAGUGUUUUUAAUCUUGCUUAUUUUUUUUGUUAUACAUGUAGAAUAGUGAUUUACAUCUUACUCAGAGAAUUUACAUAGCUAUCCUAUAUUCCGGCACAUGGUCAAUGGGAGACAUAAAGUGAGCCAGAUAGACACCAUUCUUCCGUUUUGAAGCUGUUCCAUGUAAUAAAGCCUAUGGGAAAAAACUAAAUGAACAAAAUUCGCUGUUUUUCGAAGGAUUCCAGAACGGCUCCUAAUCAGCUUUACAAAGGGAGAGAAAAAGGGGCCACAAAAAGACUCCAAAACAUUUGUACAAAGCGAGAGAAAGGGGCUAAAAAGUGGCCACAAAAUGGCUACAAAAUGGCAAGUUUUUACCGCUUUUUCAGUAGUCAUGCUCAUUUCUCUUACGUCGGGGCAUGCUUCACCUCGUUGACAGGAGGUCGUAGGUUCAGUAACCGACUGAGUCAUACCAAAGACUUAUGAAAAUUGGACCUUCUGAAUUUUAGCUAGUUACUCUGCAUGUAGAUUCGAGAAGUGUCGUAGUGAUGCCAAUCGGCUGUAAGGGCAGUUUCAUGAGUUAUACAUAUAGAUACCAUGGAUGAAUAAAAGGUCAUUGAAAUUAUUCAUAUUUCAAAGUAGUUAUGUCAUGCGCAACAAUAAUAUACAAAUAGCGAAUAGGCACCAUUGCACGAAUGAGAAUAUUCGCUAUUUGUGUUGUACAACGCCUCGGAAGUUAGCGAAAAUAUGUAAAAACAAGAGUUUUUCCCUGCAGUAAUCUAUGAAAAGGGAGCAAAAAAAAAUGAAAGCGAAAAGCAAAAUCCCACAAGCGCACAUGACCUUGGGCAGCAAUGCGCAUUGAGCCAGCAGGCAUAUACGCGUAUCGCACCGUUAUUUUACUGAGCGCAAUGAAUUAAAUCGUAUUAUGACGUCACCUCCUAAAGCCGUGCAACGGUACAUUUUGGACGGUACAUUUUGGAUGGUACGUCUUGUGUGCAACGGUACGAAUGUUUGACAUUCAGCCUCUCAUUUCCUUGCGUACAACAAGCUGAGCAGGCGUUGUACAAAUAUCACAAGCAAUAUACAAAUAGCGAAUAGGCAUGAGUGCGAUGGUGCGAGAUUUCGCAUGAGGUGAAAGAAAGAUGCUCUAUUAAACGAGGCGUGAGCCGAGUUGAAUAGAGCGUUUCUUUCUUUCACCAAAUGCGAAAUCUCGCACCAUUGCACGAAUAAGAAUAUUCGCUAUUUGUGUUGUACAACGCCUCGGAAUUUAGCGAAAAUAUGAAAAAACAAAGAGUUUAUCCCUAUAGUAAUCUAUGAAAAGGGAGCAAAAAUGCCAAAAGCAGAAAGCAGAAUCCCACAAGCGCACAUGACCUUGGGCAGCCUUGCGCAUCUAGCCAGCUGGCUUAUACGCGUAUUGUUCAUUUUUACCGAGCGCAAUGAAUUAAAUCGUAUUGUGACGUCACCUCCUAAAGCCGAGCAACGGUAUACAAAUAGCGAAUAGGCAUGAGUGCGAUGGUGCGAGAUUUCGCAUGAGGUGAAAGAAAGAUGCUCUAUUCAACGAGGCGUUAGCCGAGUUGAAUAGAGUGUUUCUUUCUUUCACCGAAUGCGAAAUUUCGCACCAUUGCACGAAUAAGAAUAUUCGCUAUUUGUGUUGUACAACGCCUCGGAGUUUAGCGAAUUUAUGAAAAAACAAAGAGUUUUUCCUGCAGUAAUUUAUGAAAAGGGAGCAAAAAUAUGGAAAGCGAAAAGCAAAAUCCCACAAGCGAACACCUCGGGCAGCAUUGCGCAUUUAGCCAGCAGGCUAUACGCGUAUUGCACCUGCAUUUUUACUGAGCGCAAUGAAUUGAAUCGUAUUGUGACGUCACCUCCUAAAGCCGUGCAACGGUACAUUUUGGACGGUACAUUUUGGAUGGUACGUCUUUUGUGCAACGGUACGAAUGUUUGACAUUCAGCCUCCCAUUUGCUCGCGUACAACAAGCUAAGUAGGCGUUGUACAAUAUUGCUUAUAAAAUAUAUUAAGCUUGUGAAAUGCGUCUAAACUAGCUCUUUGUGAAAAUUUUUUGGUACAAUGUUGUAGUUCAUGUUACCUUUGCUGAAAAUAAAAUUAUAUUGUGCUUAUAUCAUUGUAACAAAGUACCAGCUUAACAUGCUCUUAUAUCGUAUUUUGCAGCUGUAACAUGUAUUCGAUCUUAUUGCUUAUUAUUUAUUUCCUUUCAAGCAUUCAUGCCUUUGAAAUAUUCCAGUCUCAUGUAUUUUCAUGUUUUGCAUUGAAUUGAUUUUAGAUUGUGAUUUUACCUGGGAAUUGGAUCUUCGUUUGAGUUAACUGAUAGUGCAGAUGCUUUUUUCUGUGAGCUUCGUAAAAUCAAAUCGUCAUUAUUAUUGGUCAUCUUCUUUAAUGUAUUGUAUUCCGCAAUUCUUUAUGUAUAUCCUUAUAUCUUCCUUUUGAUUUUCUUUUGUUUGGUCAAUGAUGUUCAUUGUAGACCAGUAAACAAAGAAACAUUAAUCAAAUAUUAAAGUUUCCAUCGGCUUAAAUUGAGUAAAAUGAAUAGAACAAAAUCAAUAUUGUCUUGAAAAAUUCAUGAAUAUCAGAUGAAAAUUGAAUAAUGACGUUUUCAUUUCGCUUAUUUUCAUACAAGAGUGAUUUGCAAUUGAUAAUCAUCAUGACAGAUUUCGUAGUUUUGUGAAAUAUACUCUAAAGUUACACAACGAAGUCAUGCUCACCAAAUACGCAUUUUAAUGCACCGCUUGAACAUCCUUUAGAUAAUAAUCAGAACAUUUGAUCUGAGGAAUCAUUUAUUUGUCACAAAUGAAACUCUUAUGUUAAUACUACCCACUGUAAAAAAAGAACAAUGUAAAGCAGUUCAUAUAUAGGUAGAUCAGUAGAUUGUACCUAAGUGGUAAACGGGACUUGCUAUUGAAAUUUAUGGUUAUCUUACAAUUAGGAUAAACGGGAGAAAAAAUCAAUUGAAAACAUCUUAGCAAAGGAAAGAUGAUUUAUUGGGACUCUUAGGCCCGUAUUCUGAAUUCGGGUUUAACUUAAACUGAGGUUUAAAGUUGUGGUUUAAGUAUGGACAGCCAAUUGAUACAUAAUUACUAACAGUAGAGAUAUCAUACUUCAGCUCAUUCGGCUCUCAAAUCAUUCAUAAUUGUGUAGGAAGUAUAAAUAGAUGAUUGUCUUCACCAUCGAUGAAUCAGAAAAGAGCACAGUUAACAUAGGAAACAUACAACUUAAUAAUUUCUUUUAUACUUUUGGCUUCCCAUACUUAAACCACGACCUUAAACCUGAGUUUAAGUUAAACCCGACUUCAGAAUACGGGCCUUAGUGUACAAAGGAGCGGGGUAAUAUAUAAUUGAUGAUUACGCUCAAACCACCGCGUUUUGAAUGCCAUAGCUUAGCUGCUGUCGCCAAUAUGCGAUUUCUAGAUCGCGCAUUUUAGGAUCAAGUAUUUAUUUGCCCCUUUAGGGCUUACCUUUCUCCGGACUAGGUACCUUUUCAAUUCUUUUGCCCUUGAUAGCUGGUGCUAGGGCUUUUUUUUUCAUUUCAAUAUAUUUGUGUGCAAUAUUAAUAAACAAAGACUGAGCAUAAUUUUAUGGUGAAGAAAGGGAUGGAAUGUUUCAUAUGUAUUUAAAUUAUCCUUUCAUUUUAUUGAAAUGUUGCUAACCGUAAUUAUAAUCUAUUCUUCAAAAGACUGGAAUUCGUGAUGAGUCUUUCAAAUUUAUAAUACUGUAUAAGUCUUUCAUGUUCUUCUAUUUUAGUACAUUGUGGCAAUUUUAGUUCUAUGAUAUAUUAUGGAGUUGAACAUUUUUUCAAGUGUAUACUUGACACUUUUUAUCAUCAUGAAAUGAAUACAAAUAUGCAAUAUCAUUGAUAGGCACUUACGUAUAGCAAGUCUACAUUUCUGGUGACAUGUAAACCUCCUACAUAGUUGUUUAACUGUUUAAACAACCUUGCUUAAUUUAUGGAAGAUUAUAUAUUGAAAUCUAAACUUUGUUGCUUGAGGAUAGACUUUUAAAAACUACUUUAAGACCAAUGUACACGAAGUUUAUAGCCCGAUAUACAGUAAGACGUUUAACCAGUGUUAUUACUGUCUAUUCAUACUUUGAAUUAUUGGAAGUUUUCCAUUGUUUUCAUGUAAAGAUUUUCUCAUAAUAUAAUGAUUUCUCAACACAAAUGACUAGUUUUGUUCCCUGAUCAUGUGGUUUGGGUGCAAAUAGACCUAUAAGCAAUGUCUUGUUUAUCUAUUCAUCAUAAUAUUUAAUGUAACCAACAUAACAGAGAGACAAUAUAUCUAUUUAAUCACAUUUUAUGAUAACCAUAAAAAUAAUAUCAUAAUUUAAAUCAUGUUAUGUUUUUUUUCUGAAAUCUAUUUAUACGAUACGCUUAAUCAGGUUGAAGUGUUAUUACUCCUUAUUUAAGGACGUUCCACAGUUAAAGUGAAAUCCAUGUCAUUUUCACCAAACUUUGCACAUAGAUACUUUAGAACCUUAAUAUUCGAAAUAUGCAAAACUUAACAUAGGUCCAUGUGCUUGAUUUUUUGUUAUAGAGCUUCAAAGUUCACCCAAAUUGAUGUUCUUAAGAAUUGCGCAUUCAAAAGAAUUUGGCAUUUUUAGACCGCCCAAGAUUACUACAAUGAGUUUAAACCUGUAUUACUCAGUCAAAAUACAUGCAAAAGUCAUCAAAUUUCGCAAGAGAGUUAAUGAUUGUAUCGUUAGAAUGGAGAAUCUAUUAAUAGUGCUAUUUGUUUGCAAUUUUAAGUUUAACAGCACUGUCAGUUCUUAAAAAUGGCGUAAAAGAUAACAAAAUCCCAAUCUGAAAAAUGUAAAAUUUCAGUAACAAACUACAAACGUACAAUAAAUGCUGCACUUUAUUCAAAAUCCAUGUCAUUUUCACCAAAAUUUGCAGAGUUGUAGAGGAAGGUAUACCUAAGAGGUACAAACAUUAAAAAAUAGGGGUUCAUGUGCUUGUUUUUAAACUAUCAGCAUUUUUAUUAGAGCAAAUGUGCUUUUUAAAACACCAAAAAUGGGCCGAAUGCUUAGUAUCUAUGUGAAGAAAAAAUCAAAACCACUCUACCAUUUAUUCAAACUCGGGCUAAUAUUCGUGAUUCUUGGCAGCACUGCAGAGUAAAGUAUUUUGAAAUUGUAUAGAGUAUUUUUUUGAAUGGUCCAUGGAAUAAUUUAAUUUUUUAGCUUCAUGAAAUAACGCAUCGGAUCUGCAGUUAAAGUGCAGAAGAUGAGAAAAAUCAGCUCAUACCCGCAGCUAAUUAAUACCUGUUCAUCCAUUGUGACGUCAGCGCGCAGAGUGUAAACUAUGCGCAGAUCAUAAUGCGCACAAAUAUAACUGUGGAACGUCCUUAAGUUAUGUUCUGUAGAUUGUCUUGGGGAUAAUAAAGUUACAUCCCUUAUUUUAAGUUUAUCUGUAUUAUUACCUAAUGUUUAAUAUUAUAUUUUUACAUGAAUAAAAUCAACGAUGAAAAUGGGA